AUGCUAAAAUUUCAGCAAUAUGUAGCAGCUAGCCAAAUACCCAGGAAAAGGCCAUAUCUGUGUGACAUCUGCUGCAAACAGUUUGAAUCUCUGUCCAAACUAGCUAGACAUGGCCAAAAUCCACACGAGUGUUGUGCAUGUUGCAAAACUUUUAGGCAGUUGGUCCAUCUGGAAAGACAUCAGCUCGUUCAUAAGCUGCCUUUUAAGUAUAGAGUUUGUCACUAGAACUUGAAAAACGUAAUUAUAGUCCAAAGGCAUCAACAGCUUCAUGAUGAGAUCUAUCAGGGUGAUGCUGAGCAAGAUAAACACUUUUCAGCAAAACUGCAACAUCAGUGCAUGAGGUCUGAUCAUCUGCACAGCACCAGAAGGAAGGACAUAAAUAUAUGCCAGGCAGGUGGUAAGAUCUUUCCUUCACAGUCUGAGUUGAAUCUGCAGUUGCUCAUCCACGCUGGCCAGAAGCCAUUUAAGUGCUACAUAUGUGGUUAUGAAAAAAAAUCAAACCAGGUAUCAGGGAUAAAUACUGGUAGAAACAAAGACCUUAACUCAGUCAAGGUUGUUGACCAUAGCCCCAAACUUUCUGGUGUUAUUGGUGAUAACCACUAA